AUGUCAACGGUCACGUCAUUCAUUUGCUCGAUCUAUUCUAAGGCCAUCUGUAUGACCGACGUGUCCGACUUCGAGUUGAAGAUCGAUUCGGACUUCAACGUCGACAUCCAAUCGUCCUGCUGGUUCACUACGUGCAUAAGAUGCGAGACUAAUAUUACGACGAACACCGUGUAUAAGGUAUCUCAGCACUCAGAUGAUGAUGAUGACGAUGACGAUGAAGAUAUCGAGGAUGGCCACGAAAAGGCCGCAAUCGCGCCCCUUGUCUCUAAGAAAGUCGAGACCAUCUUGACUUCUCCAAGCGUAACCCUUAUCAAGGAGAACAAGUUCAUAAAGAAAAAGGACUCCGCGAAGAAGACCCCCCGUUCAGCCCUUUGUCCGGCAACCAAGAGGCAUAUCCGUGAUCAACGGGUUCUAUUAAGUCAACGCAUCGUAAGGCGUGAUCGGGAAUCCGAGCAACGAGUCGUUAAGUAUGCUAUCCGGUAUAAGCGAGACAUUUUCGCAGACCGCGGGAGCCUUCGAGCCUUCGGGGAUAACGGCAUGAAUCCUUUCCUCAACUUCAACGCGUCCGUAGCAUCAAGCAGCGUGGAUAAUCAAAGUUAA